AUGAGUAAGGAGAACGCCAAGAAAAUAGCAGGAGCUGUCUCCAAGGAGACAAAUAGAGAGAUGGAGGGACUUAUCCGCAGCCAACAUGAGCUCUACGGGCGCAUUGCUCGCUCGUACGAGAACCUGAGGAAGGUGGGAUCACCAAAUAUCACCAUCGGGUUGGUGGAGGCGCGUUUGCAGGCCCUCGAGUCCAACUGGGCGAAAUUCGAGGCGCAGCACGAAAAAAUAUAUGCCGCCUACUGGGAGAUCUUGGUGGAUCAUGACUACGAGAAGAAGGACGAGGCUUACAUACAGCAAAAGGGCAUGUUCCUCGAGACGCUCCGUAAGCUCAAGAGUAAAGCGGACAGCGCUCCCGCUCCGGCUGCUGCCGGGACGAACCCGCCUCGUACGACCUUGCCGCGCAUUCAGCUGCCGGAGUUCGCGGGCAAAUACGAAGAGUGGCCCGCUUUCCGUGACCUAUUUCAUUCGAUCAUCGGGAAGGAUGCCUCCACGACUCCAGUUGAGAAGCUACACUACCUGAAGUCGUGCUUAAAGGGGGAGGCGGAACUCUUAGUGCGCAGCCUGCCCACGACGGACAAGAACUUCGAGCGCGCUUGGAAGACCUUGACGGACUACUACCAAAACAAGCGACUCCUGGUGCGCUCAUACCUCGCUCAAUUUACGUCGCUGCAAAAACUGAAGGGUGAGUCAGUAUCCGAGUUACGCAAAGUGUAUCACCGUGUCGUGAGCACUGUCGGCGCUCUCGACAGCAUCGGGCGGCCGAUUUCGCGUAGUGAGGACCUGUUCGUCCAUCUCGUCGUAGAUCUUCUCGACCCCCGUUCGCGUCGCGAGUGGGAGAACGCUGUCAGCGAAACGCCGGAUCCGCCGUCGUUCGCCGUCUUGCAGCAGUUUCUGGACCGACGCCUGCAUACUCUCGAAUCGCUCCAGCCGGCGAAACCGAAGAAGGCGAUUUCCGCGAAGGCCGGGGGGAAUUCCGCGCAGCAAACGCGAGCCUUGCAUGCGAAGGCAAAGGAAAACCGACUCGGUCGCUGCUCCGUAUGCCAAAAGGGACAUUUUAUUAUGUUUUGCGCCGCGUAUAAGGGGAAAACCGCCGCGAAACAAAAACAGCACGUCGAGGCAAAUAAUCUCUGUCUCAAUUGCCUCGGAAAACACAAGUUAAACGAGUGUGAUUCGAAACGAAAUUGUUCCGUGUGUGACGGCCGACACCAUUCGAGCCUGCACGACGCGUACCAAGGAACCGAGGUCGCCACAACUUCGCAUCUCGCGCAAGGACCUUCCGAGACCGCAGUGGCUGUGCUCCUCGCCACCGCCCGUGUCCGCGUGCGUGAUCGGUUCGGCAUCGAGCGUACCGCGCGAGCUCUAAUCAACCAGGGUUCCGAGUCAUUGCUCGUCGCGGAAUCGUUAGUGCAGCGCCUGAAACUGUCUCGCGCACCCGCCUCGGUCGCGGUAUUCGGUGUUGGCGGGAAGCGGACGGCUCGUGCGCGAGGCCUGGUGACCCUCGAAAUCUCACCCCGGGGAGGAGGGCCAUCAAUCGCCGUGUCGGCUUUAAUACCCCCUCGGCUCUCCCUCUACGGUGGAGGGAUCCGUGCGGAUAAAGAGGCGUGGACGCAUCUCCGCGGGCUGGAGCUCGCCGAUCCCGAAUUUCUAGGCUCGGAUCCGAUGGAUCUCCUGCUGGGCGCCGAUGUCGUCGCCGAGAUCCUCCAGCCGGGACUGCUCAAGGGCGGGGCACACGAGCCUGUUGCCCAGAAGACGGCGUUAGGGUGGAUCAUCUCUGGAGCCGCCGGAGCGGUGGCGAAUCCGGAGGUCGCAGUAGCGCACCAGUGCCACGUUGACGCGGAGCUCUCCGCUCUGGUGCAGGGGUUCUGGCGGCAGGAGGAACUGCCCGUCGGCCCUCCCGCGCUAACCAGGGAGGAGCAAAAGGCCGAGGACUUUUUUGCACGAACCCAUUUGCGUACCGCGGAGGGCCGAUUCGUCGUGAGACUCCCGUCGUAA